CGGAAAAAAAAAAGUCGAACCGUCGUAUCUUGCGGUUCCCUGAUAGAUGGAGACUAAAGUCGGGUUGGUUGAUGCGACGGGGAAGCGGCCUGCGAACGGAGCGGUGGACAGCCCGCCGGAGACCCCCUUCCACCCUAUCGUCCCGGCGACCCCCGCCUCCGGGGUAGCGACGAUGGGCACCCUCGGACGACACCUGGCUCGCCGCCUCGUCGAGGUGGGCGUCUCCGACUUCUUCGCUGUCCCCGGCGACUUCAACCUCACCCUCCUAGACCACCUCAUCGAGGAGCCCGGACUUCGCUUCAUCGGCUGCUGCAACGAGCUCAACGCAGGCUACGCCGCCGACGGUUAUGCCCGUGCCCGCGGCGUCGGCGCCUGCGUCGUCACCUUCACCGUCGGCGGCCUCAGCGUCCUCAACGCCAUCGCCGGUGCCUACAGCGAGAAUCUACCUGUAAUCUGCAUCGUUGGUGGCCCCAACUCCAAUGAUUUUGGCACCAACCGGAUUCUCCACCACACCAUCGGGAUCUCCGAUUUCACCCAGGAGCUCCGGUGCUUUCAGCCAGUCACUUGCCACCAGGUGGUGAUCAAUCACCUGGACGACGCCCAUGAGCAAAUUGAUACGGCGAUAGCCACUUGCCUUAGGGAGAGCAAGCCCGUCUACAUCAGCAUUAGCUGCAAUCUCGCUGCCAUUCCCCAUCCCAGCUUCGGCCGGGACCCCAUUCCCUACUCCAUCUCGCCCAAGUGGAGUAACCAAGCGGCUCUCGAGGCGGCGGUGGAAGUGGCUGCAGAAUUUCUAGACAAGGCGGUGAAGCCGGUCAUGAUCGGGGGCCCCAAACUCCGGGUGGCCAAGGCCGGCAAGGCCUUCGUGGAGCUGGCGGAUGCUUGCGGCUACGCCGUGGCGGCGAUGCCAUCGGCCAAGGGGCUCGUGCCGGAGAGCCACCCCAGGUUCAUCGGCACCUACUGGGGCUCGGUCAGCACUGCCUUCUGUGCUGAGAUGGUGGAGUCCGCCGACGCCUACCUCUUCGCCGGUCCCAUCUUCAACGACUACAGCUCCGUCGGGUAUUCGCACCUCAUCAAAAGGGAGAAGGCCGUCAUCGUGCAACCCGACCGCGUGGUGAUUGGCAACGGGCUGCAGUUCGGGUGCGUCCUCAUGAAGGACUUCCUCCGGGCGCUCGCCAAGAGGCUCAAAAGCAACACCACUGCCUACGAGAAUUACUGCCGGAUCUUCGUGCCCAGUGGGCAGCCGCCUGAGAGCGGGCCCAAGGAGCCGUUGAGGGGGAAUGUUCUCUUCAAGCACAUCCAGGCGAUGUUGUCGAGCAAUUCUGCCGUCAUUGCCGAGACCGGGGACUCAUGGUUUAACUGCCAGAAGCUCAAACUGCCUGAUGGUUGUGGGUAUGAGUUCCAAAUGCAGUAUGGAUCGAUUGGUUGGUCGGUGGGGGCGGCCUUGGGGUAUGCCCAAGCUGCAAAGGAUAAGAGAUUGAUAGCCUGCAUCGGCGACGGGAGUUUUCAGGUGACAGCGCAGGACGUGUCGACGAUGCUGCGUUGUGGGCAGAACAGCAUCAUCUUCCUCAUAAACAAUGGGGGUUAUACAAUUGAGGUGGAGAUUCAUGAUGGCCCUUACAAUGUCAUCAAGAAUUGGAACUACACUGCCUUGGUAGAAGCCAUCCACAACGGCGAGGGCAACUGCUGGACUGCAAAGGUUAAAUGUGAGGAGGAGCUGAAGGAAGCAAUUGCGACGUCGAUGGGGCCGAAGAAAGACUGCUUGUGUUUCAUUGAGGUCUUCCUGCACAAGGAUGAUGCGAGCAAAGAGCUGCUGGAGUGGGGUUCCAGGGUUUCUGCGGCCAACAGCAGGCCACCCAGUCCUCAGUAAACUAAAUUGCUUUCUGAAUUGCAGCGAUCCGGUUCGCGCUCAUCAUGGAAUUGAAUAAUAACAUUGCUAAAACUCAUAGAGGCGUAUCCCUAUUUGGCGGUUCUAUUUACAUAUGGUUGCUGUUGCAGUGAUUUGG